CUGCAGCUGAGUGGACUUUGACACUUGGUUCUUCUGUUCUCAAUCAACUGCUUUGGAAAGAUAUGCUUAAUUGGUUCAAGGUCCAGGAACCUUGGUCCACUUUAUAGGAAGUGUGAGCUCACAGCAUCUGUUUGCUUUUGGGAGACAGUGAGCACCAGUGCCUGCCUUAGACUUCUGGGCUUUCACAUGCCAAAUUAGCCCUGAUGCUCCAUCAUGGCGAGCAAACUACAGGAGGAGGUGACCUGCCCCAUCUGCCUGGAGAUUCUACAGGAACCUGUCACCAUUGACUGUGGGCACAACUUCUGUCAGGAAUGUAUCAGCCAGGUUGGGAAAACCACAGAAAACCUCCAGUGUCCCCUCUGCAAGGUCACCGUGAGUAAGAAUACUUUCAGGCCCAACAAGCAGUUGGCUAGUCUUGCAGAGACAAUCCGGUCUAUGGAUCCUGCUGAGUUCCAACCAGAAAAGGAAGAGACAAGAUGUCUGAAACACAAGGAAAAGCUCCAUUACUUCUGUGAGCGGGACGGGGAGUUCCUCUGUGUGGUGUGCCGUGACUCCAGGAGCCACAAGUCCCACAAUGUCACCUUGAUAGAUGAGGCUGCCCAGAACUACAAGGUGCUGAUCGAGACACAGAUCCAGGAUUUGGGCCAAAGGGACAAAGAAAUAGUUGAAGAGAAAAAGCGGGGUGAAGGGGCAAUCCAGGUGUUCAGGGCCCAGGUACAUCUAGAGAAACUAAAGAUCACUGAGGAAUUCAAGCACCUGCACCAGAUACUGGAAGAGGAAAAGAGAUUCCUCCUGUCCAGGUUGGGCUGGCUGGAGUAUGAGGGAGCCCAGCAGAUAGAACAGUACACCACUACGACUAAUGAGCAGUUGACUUCCCUCAGGAAGCUCACACAGUCCCUGAAAAACAGGCUAAAAAUGUCACCCAUGGAGCUAAUGGAGGGCAUCAAAGACACCUUGAGCAGGAGCGAGGAAUUUAAGUUUCUCAACCCAACCCCAGUUCCCGCGAACCUAGAGAGAAAAACCAGAGAAGCAAAAGCAAGACAUGUGGUCACCAUAACAGGCCUGGAGGAAUUCAAAGACAACCUGAAGAAUGAGGGGAAGAAAGAUAAAAGCAUGUUCCUGGACAGCCUGAAUAAGAAGGAAAUAGAGAGAUGGAAACUGUUACAGAGGAAUAAUUCAAGCUUGCACACCUCAGUCCCUAUGACCCUGGACACGGCCUCAGCUGAUCAAAACCUCACCUUUUCUCAAGAUCUGAAGAAAGCGACUUUGUACAUGGUCCAAGACAGUUUGAAUAAGCAGGGAAAACCUCCACCAUUCUACCCUUUCUACUGUGUGCGGGGUUCCCCAAGGCUUUCCUCAGGCUGCGGGGUGUGGGAGGUAGAAAUCCAGGGGCCCUCAAAUAGGGUUGGCAUGGUGGGCGUGGCCACAGAGUUGGCUCUGAGUGCCCAGAGUCAGAACUCUGGAGGGAUCUGCUUGUGGGCACUUCGGAUCUCGUCUUCUGGAUGUCAGCCGUACACCAACUGCAAGAUGGGGGAGACUAUUCUCAUCAGUCUUAUGAAAGUGGGGGUCUACGUGGAUUAUAACCGUGGAGACAUCGUCUUCUAUGAUGCCAUCACUAACAAACACAUCUACAGCUUCCAAACUACCUUUGACAGACAGGUCUUCCCCCUUUUUGGGCUCCAAGUUUCCUGUGCCAGUAUCACCCUGAGCCCCUAGGGCUGCUCCCCUGUGGAUCCCUCAGUCUCUUCCCCACCCAUCUCUGGUGACUGAAUGAGAUGCAAGUGUCAGGAAUGAAGUUUGGCCCUACUUGGACACCCCACAUACCCUAAACAUAUCUCUUUCCCUGAGUAGAAAAGACGGGUGGAAUACCCCAAAUAACAAACACAAGGCUUUGUGCCUCUGCACUUUGUAAAAGGGCAGAUUGGAAAUAGUCAAAUUUCAACAGGCCACUGGACAGCGUCUGGCCACACCCUGCUUGAGAGGCAGGUCCAAGGCGAUGCCCAGCUCCCUAGCUGCCCCUUUCUCCACUUCACUACCUAUAGCUCCUAACUCUGAGUUUGAGCACCUGACUGUCGUUCCUUUCUGGGUUCUGAGAACCAGAGGCUACGUGAAAAGUUAGACAGGCCUAUGCCAAUGCCAGUCUGUAGAUGAGGACAAUCUCCGAUCAGGGCUGUAACCUUUUGACAUUUCAAAGCAAUGUUGUCACCCUCAAUAACUCUGCAUUCAAAUUAAAAACAAAAUUGUAAACCCCC